AUUAAAUAAACAUUACACCUCACCGUGAGCGCCCGCCUGCCAUUGCCAGCGUGCUCCCUCUGCCCCAGAAACCGCGUCGCCCCCAGGGUGCCCUUCCAUCCAUGGCGUCGCCGCGGCCGCCCCCGCGAUCAACUCCCAGAUCCCGUGCUCACCUCCCCGCAAUCAAGGUUGUCACGCCCGACGAGGAUGGCUGCCAGUCACCGCACGGCCGGUCCGGGCCCCAGCGACGGCUCCAGCGCAGGCGCGAGGAAGAAGCUCCAACUCACCAAUGAGCAGUCGACGCUGCUCGAGGACACCUUCCGCGCCCACAACAUACUCUCCAACGCGCAGAAGCAGGAGCUCGCACGGCAGGUGGAUCUCAGCGCCAGGCAGGAAACAACCACAAUCGAAUUGUUGCAAGUGCGUCCCACGAUCUGAAGACAAAAAGAUCUGUUGUCCAUUAGCAACAAAGUGCUACAGAGGCUGUGUUCUGUGUACCAGUACUUGAUAGUGAGUUUCAGAAUGAACCUAUAACUAUUUCCAACAUCGACAAGAAGGAUGGUGAAAAUUUUCAUGAUAUGUAUAAAUGUCUUGGCAAGGCUGUUUCGUGUCCUCUGUUACCUUAUGAGCAUCGUCAUCUGAAUACACAGAGAACGGAAUCUGCAGAAAAAUUGAAAGUCUGCAUGCUUCCUGAUCAUCAAACUGCAAAUAAAUUGACAAAAAAGAGUAAUGGUGAGCUGCUGACAUUUGGACCAAAGUCAAAGGAAAUGUAUACAGGUUCUUGUAACCAAAGAAGGUCUUAUUUCUUUGAAAAGUUAAUGAUUCCUUCCAAAUCACAAAGUGUACAUCCUAAAAAUUCUGUGUCUUCAGUAAAAUCUAGCGACUUUGGAGUUUGUAUGUAUGGCACCAAUAUCAGCAGUCAGUUAUUCA